CGCUAUGGUCAUGUUCUGUGUUUUUUUCUUUGUUUGUUUGUUUGUUUUGGGGGUUUUGGGGGGGGAAGAUCUUGUUUACCAAAAUUCCUGGAUAUUAAAUAGAUUUUUCUUUAAAAAAAAAUAAAAAAGGACCCCUGGUGUGUGUGCGUAUUUUCCCCCACUCUCUUCUACAGUCUAGUUGUCAUUUUACCAUCUUAUACAAAAACAAGCAUCUGGUUUAUUUAUUUAUUUAUUUAUUUAUUUAUUUAUUUAUUGGCAGAAUUAUAGAGAGGCAUUUGGAAACACCACCUCUCGGGGUGAACUGGAAUGCACUUGUCGCGUAAACUGAUAUUUCGGUCAUCCACACACGCACCGGCAUCAGUAAACACACACACACACACACACGCGCGCACACAUAGAGAAAGACAGAGAGAGAGAGAGAGAGAGAGAGAGAGAGAGAGGGGGGGGGGGAGGGAGAGAGACGCACAAACCAGAUCCGCUCGGUAACUUUGUGAGUACAACUUUUUGGAGUCAACAGCGAUAAAGAGAGUGAGGGGGCGGAACCCUGCUGAGCCCCUGCGCUGAACGACAGCCAAUCGCUUCGUUCUCCUAACUGCCAGUCACCGAAAUCCGUCCAAUACCCGCAGUGCCAUUUCUAAACUGUAUUCCCCACUGUGUCCUCCAACUGUUGUAUGUUCUGCCAAUCGCUUGAGGACAGAGUGGGGAAAGGAGCAAGCAGAGUUAGAAGCCGGACAAAAGAACUUAUAGAACCCUUAUGUACAUGUUUUCCUCAUGUUUUAGAGCGCAAAAGCAGCUGCGGUGAGCGCGGAUGGACUUGUGUGUGUAAGUUAUGGAACCCCCUUUAAGCAAGAGGAACCCGGCGAUAAGAUUAGCGGAUUUGGCAGCAACUCAGCCCCUUCCUCAUCAGAAUAUGACAGGCUUCCCGGGGCUAGGGGGGCAUCACCCUCUCUCCCACCAUGCCCACCUCCACCCUGGGGAGCUGGGCAACGACCCCGGAGUGGCACUCACUCCAUUUGGACCCGAGCACAUGGCACAGACAAAUGCUCUCAAACUUAGCCCGUCUCAGCACAUUCAGAGCCAUCCCGAAGCCCAGACCGCGGCAUCUUUUACUCCCGCUCAGACCACAGUGGGUUUCCCCGUGGCUCACCCCCACUCAGGCUACUCAAGCAGCAGGGACUUCAUCCUCAGGAGAGAACUCUCAGCCUCUGCUAUGCAUGCACUUGGCGACCAGCAUAGUUCCGCCUCCUCCCCUCAUCACCAUGGCAUGUUCAUCUCGCCAACAGGUGCUUACGGGCACGCGGAAAGUGGGGCCCAUUCACUUUUCACUGGACUCCACGAGCAGGCGUCCCCGGGCGCCCACCACCACCAUGCCCUCAACGGGCAGAUGCGCCUGGGUCUACCGGGGGACAUCUACGGCAGGCCGGAGCACUUCGGGCACAGGCCGGAGCACUACGGCGCGUCCUCCCUGCACAGCUACAACUCCAUGAACCUCAACGUCAACAUCGCCGCCGCCGCAGCCGCUCCUCACGGAGCCGCGGGGGCGUUUCUGAGAUACAUGCGGCAGCCCAUCAAGCAGGAGCUCAUCUGCAAGUGGAUCGACCAGGAGCAGAGCCAGAAGAAGCCCUGCUCGAAGACCUACAGCACCAUGCACGAGCUGGUCAACCACGUCACGGUGGAGCACGUCGGCGGACCCGAGCAGAGCACGCACGUCUGCUUCUGGGAGGAAUGUCCGCGGGAGGGGAAGGCUUUCAAGGCGAAGUACAAACUGAUCAACCACAUCCGAGUUCACACCGGGGAGAAGCCGUUCCCUUGUCCGUUCCCAGGAUGCGGGAAGGUGUUCGCCAGGUCGGAGAACCUCAAGAUCCACAAGAGAACGCACACAGGAGAGAAACCCUUCAAGUGCGAGUUUGACGGCUGCGAUAGAAAGUUCGCCAACAGCAGCGACCGCAAGAAGCACUCUCACGUCCACACGAGUGACAAGCCCUACUACUGCAAGGUGCGGGGCUGCGACAAGUCCUACACGCACCCGAGCUCCCUGCGGAAGCACAUGAAGGUGCACUGCAAGUCCCCGCCGCCGCCCCCCUCCUCCACCAACGUCGCCUACAUCUCCUCCACGAACACCCUGGUGGCCGACCACAAUCUCUCGCCGGGCUCCGAGGCGCACCGGAACCGCUCGGCGAACCUCUCGCCGCAGGUCACCAACCUGAACGAGUGGUACGUGUGCCAGGGGAGCGGGGGUCCCAACCACCUGCACACGCCGUCCAGCGACGUGCCGACGUCGGAUUCGGAGGACGAGGACACUUUCAGGGGCUCAGACCCAAGGACGAUGCUCUGAUUGCCUGUUUACAAGCCGGACCAGACUAUAAUCAACUCGGCAUUGAGUUGACCCCUUUAUAAGUACUGGCCACCGACAAAUGCAGCUCAACGUUGAAACAGUACAGACUGUGGAUGCAAUGCAGGUUGCCAGGAAGAGAGAGAGGAUGACCCCCCCUGACUAUAUAUAUAUAUACAUAUAUAUAUAUAUAUAUAUAUAUAUAUAUAUAUAUAUAUAUAUAUAUAUAUAUAUAUAUGGUAAGCAAUUUAGACCAUUAAUCAGACUUUAUAUUUAAAGAUCACUACUUCAAAUUAAUCUCAAUUUGACUGAUUUGACUUUACAUUAAAUAAUUUACACACAGGUUUUUAUUAAGUUUUAUAUUUUGGACUUAAAAUGGAAUUUUUCAAUUGAAAAUUUGCCACAUUAUGUCACACCAGGGGGUGGGGGGGUUGGGGAUACUGUCUGCUGCCUCAUGAGUGACAACAAACAGAUAUUGACGUGAAUACACAGGGGAAAGAAAAAAAAAGAAGAAGAAAAAACAACAGCUUGGUUUUGGCAAAAAGUGAUCAACCGAGUGUCUGAACAGUUCUUGUUUUUCAGAUUUUUUUUUUAUUUUUUAAAAAUGCUUUGGAUGGAAUUUUUUUGUAAUAUUUAAGAACUAUUUAAGACUGUACUUUAUGCAAAAAAAAAGCAAAACAACAGAAAAAAAACCCACACACAUACACACAGGCGUAACACUCGUUUGUAUAGAGUUCAGUUUAAAAAAAAAAAAAAAAGUCCCCCGAGACCCUAAAAAUGUCGACUCUGUAUGGAUUUGUACAUAUGUAACUGUACCGAUGCUUGUGAAUGUUGUGUAGUUUUAUUGACGGAGGGGUUCGUUUUGUACAUUGUAAUUUAUUUGCUGGUGUCCGUGUUGUUAACUGGAAUUACAGAAACACCAAAGAAUAAUAUUAUUAAUAAUAAUAGUAAUAAUAAUAAUAAUAAUAAUGAUAAUAUCAGUUUUGGUGAUGUAAAGAGCCCUACUGAUGUUCGAAUCUUCUUUUCUUUUUUUUUUUUUCCGCAAAUUUAUGUUGAACUUUUUUAAGAUCUGUGCUCUGUAAAAGAUGAAAUCAUCUACCUGGAUAGGCUGUGAAAUGUGAAAAAAAAAAAAAAGUCCCUCCUCUCGCAUGCCUUUUUGUAGUGAUGUGUCUUUCAUAUUGAGGUGCAUGAUGCCGGUGGACAGAACAAAAAAAAAAAAAAAGAGAGAGGAAGAUAUGAAUCAGUUAUGACUGUGCAGACCCUUGAUGUUUCAGAUUUAAUUUACAACACAAAACUCUUGGUAUAUUUAAUAAAGACAGUCAGGACAAA